AUGGGUUUCCUUUCGAUCCUUAAUAUUCAAUAUCAUCAUAAAUCUAAUGAAAACCCAUUAUUUUCUAUCAACAUAGGCAAACUUAAAUUACGGCUACGAAAUGAUUUAAGUUUGUCAUCACCUACUCCAUACAUUACUAUUUAUAUAGAGAAUCUUCAUAUUCAAUUACAUAGUCUGAUUGCUCUUAAAAAAGCAAAACAUAAAAAGGAAUCUAACCAGCUAAAUAAACAACUCUCUCGUGUGAGUUCUUCGCUUAAUAAGAUACCUUGGUGGUAUUCGCUAUCAGCAUUCAAAAACAUUAUAAAAUUGAUUUCUGCUUUACCCGCUCAAUUACUAAUGGCAGGCCUAGCAAAUUAUGUUGAUGUUCAAGUCAAUAAUUUUAUUUUGGACAUUGAAAAUUCAUCAAUUUCAAUUGAACAUAUCAAUUUUAGUUCUAUUUUAUACGCCACUAUUUCUUCUUCAACUAGAUCUUCAGUUCAAUAUCAGCGACAUUCUUUAAAGCGUGCUCAGCAUCUAUUUAAAGAAAAAUCUUUUGAAAUCACAAUUAGACUAGGACCUAUAACAGUUGGCAGCAAUCAUUUAAAUGACAUGUUGGUUUUACCAUCUGGUGGCCAUCUUACCGUUUCUUGUCAUUUAUCUGCUGGAUGCGUUAAACUUAAAGAUAUUGAUUGUAUUGUCAAGGUUGAUAUUUUAAAAUCUAAACUAAGACCUUUAUUGGAUACGAUACAGAAUAUGAAGCAAGGGAUGCAAACAAAUGGCAACAAUAGUUCUUCUAUAGUUGGUACGAAGAAUAUUUCGGAACAGAGGUCAUUUGUUGUUCAAAUAUUCCGUUCUAUGUCUAUUAUUAUCGAUACAACAAAUCUCGAAAUAGACCACUCAAAUGCCUGCUUUUCUAAUUUAAAGUUUAAACAGAUCGAAAUUUUUGGCACCUUUGAGAAUCAGUUCAUGCUUCAGUAUUCCUGUCAACUGGCUUCUUGGGUUAUCAGUGAUAGAUCAAAUUCUACUACAGUUGAUGAGAUAGGACUACUUAACUUACCAAAUAUGAAAUUUACGAUGAAUCUUUCACAAAUAUUGCCUAUUACAACAGAUCUUAACCCAUCUCCAAUUAAUUUAGAGGGCUCUUCCGUUAAUAGUUUGGGACCCAGUAAGAAGCAUAUCAAUGUGUUACUGGAAGUCAUUAAACCGCAGUUAUGUAUCAAUCUAUCAAAAAUAAAUAUAUUAGAAAAGUUAAAUAUAUACGAAAACCGAGAACAGUCUUUACAAUCCUCUCAAGAAGACAAACAAAAGCAAUUGCAAACUGAAUCUUAUAAUUUACCUCAGGGCACUUUAUCGAUUUCUAUAGAAAGCCCCUCGGUUAUUUUUAAAAGUGAACCUAUAGGCGUCAUAUCUUGGGCAUUUAUCAAUUUCGAAAUGAAUGGGAAAUAUGAUGCACAAAAGAGUACUUCUUCUUUAUCGAAAUUUUCUGACUCAUUUGUAGAUGAUUCGAAUAAAUUUCAAGCUGAUUCAAGUAACCCUAAGCGUCCUGAAAAUCAUUCGAGGCCUUCUUGGACCAAUUUAUUUAGACGCACUUGGAAACCAAAGAAUAAUUACCAGAUUUCACAUAACAAAUUGGUAUGGAAUUACAAUGUACACACAAAAUUAGAGGUUAAAAGUACUUGCUUUGAUACAUCAAAUGAUGACAACACUAUAUAUAACUCAAAGAAUUUUGUUUUGGUGGAAUAUUUUGGCGUAAAAAUCGACACUUGUUUUAUGGGAGGUGCUCUAAAACAAAAAAAUAUACAUUAUAUGAAUGCAGAUAUAGAUAUUAAACAUCCCUUUAUUAAUUUGUCCAACCAAAACCAGCUUGAAUUUUGGAUUAACAAGGUCUUGAACCAAUUUAUAAGAAAGGAUAAAACUGACUCUACAGCAAAAUCGAAUGAUUUCAGAUAUUUAUCUAAUUUGAAAAUGAAUGCUAAUAUGACAGAAUUCACUAUUGUAUUUGGUGGUCUGGAUCGAGGACUUAAAGGGAAAAGACAAGUGCCGACCGGGUACCUUGAUAAUGCUCCGGAAAAGGACAUUUACGUAAAUAUCAUAGUAUUGGUUCAAGAAAUUACUUUAUCGUUUAUUGGAACAUAUACUGCUUCCUCCUUUUCUAGUAAUAUGUCUACAAUAAAAAACAUACAGGAAUCAAUUUUAGCAAAUGAAAAUAUGUCUUUGGGUGAUUCACACUUGGUAUUUAAACAUAUGAUCGUUGAAAGAGUCUUUAAAUCCCAUAACCAAGAAGAUCAAAAGUCUAUCCUAUUAUGGGUUCCUCAAAUCAUUACAAAUGCUAAAGUAAUACUUGAGGCAGAACAUAUCAUUCUUAAAACCUCUACAAUAUUUAAGAAAAUCGGUGUCGAGUAUUCUAUUGCAAACCACUAUGCUAGUUUAGUCACCAUUGUUUCAACUUUAAAGAAUAUGAAGAAAAUUUUCACCAAAGUCCCUACAUCGCCAAUUAAAUCUAGUAAAGUCAAGGAGAACAAAGUAAUUGUACAUGAUUAUCAAUUCCAAAUCAUGCGUUUUGAUGUUCAUAUUACUCUUUCUGAUUCUACAGAAUUAUAUUCACGUAUGGAUGGUUUUAAAAUUGAAUGGACAGAACAAAAGCAGAUACCCUCAAUGGCUGUCCAAAAUUUAACACUGUACGGUGUUGCACCUCAACAAACAAAUCGAUGGGAUCAAUUACUUGAGAUGGAUGAUGUGAGUUUCUGUAUUGAAAAAGACAAUAAUGAUGAGAAUACAAAAAUAAAUCAGCUUUCAAUGAAAAAACUUUAUUUGCGAAUUCCUUACAGUUAUGAACUCUGUAAUAUCGUAGAUAGCGCAGUAACUCUUGUAAAGUUCAUUAAAGCUAUUCAUGCUCGAAUAUCUAAAAAUAUCACAUUUUUAUUUUAUGGACCCCAAGAGAAGAAGACAGCUACUUUAAUACCAAAUAUACGUCUAAAGUGUGGAUUAUUUACAAUCCAAUUUGAGGAUGACCCAUUUGAGGCAAAACUAAGGCUGAUUUGGAGAACGGGUUUAAUUGAACAAGCCAAUAGAAUAGCAAUUCAAGAUGCGUUCGAAUUAAAAGCUCACUCAUUAAUGCAAAAUUCAAAUAUCAGUCCUGAAAAAGGGCCUGUGACGGAAGAGACAGAUGCAAGAGUUAACGAGGCAUGGCAAGGCUUACAAGAGCAUAAUUCAAAGUCAUGGAGACGACAUAUUGAUACGGCUAUCUCGAAAGAAGUAAAGUUUUAUAAUCAAAUUCGCAGUGGAGAUUAUAGAUAUAACAUGAUGGCUGACCAAUUUGAUACAACAUUUGACACUACUACUGAUAAAGUUCAAUCUCUUGUUGAAAUGUUUUCUAUUGAUAUUGUUGAUCUUCCACGAUAUCCACCUUUAUUAGAUAUCACCAUCAAACAUUCAUCAAUUUAUUUCAGUCCUCCUACAUUUGAACUUGAUAGUACUCGACAGUUUAUGUAUAAUGUUGGUAAUGGACAGCCAAUAGAUACACCCCUUUCUACUCUAAUACCAUUCCAUCUAAAUUGGAAAUCUGGAGAGACAUGGGCGCAAAUCCGAGACUAUCCUAUCCCCUUUAUUUUAGUACCUGCUACAAAAGACAAUGAAGAACCGUAUGCUUGGACACUUUCUGGUGAUUAUGUCUUGGGCGAUGAUAUGGGAGAUCAAGAUGCCACACGUUGUAUUCAUGUGCCUAUUAUAAAUAACUAUUCAAUGGAUAUUGUGCGUAUUAGUACACCACUUAAAUUCUUUUCUGUGGUUAAUAUUGAUGUUCACAAUUCUGCUUUAUCCUAUAUUUGCUGGUCUGUUCCUUAUCAGCCUGCUAUUCAAGAUAUAACACGUGUUCUGGACACAUUCACAAAGCCUCCUAUAGAUCCUUCACAAAAGAUUGGAUUUUGGGAUAAAAUUAGGUUGCUGAUACAUACACAAACAAAGAUCUCAUUUAUUGGUGGUGGUGAUCUUGCAGUAGUAAUGAAAGGCACGCGUGAUCCGUAUGAUAUGAGCCAGAAGGGCUUUGGGCUUGCGAAAGUUUGGCGAAAUAAUGUUGUCUGGUUAAUAGGGCACAAAAAUCCAGAAGGAGAGUUUAUGCAAAUUAUUAGUCAAGAUUAUGCAUUUGGUGUGCCUGAUCUUUUGCGAGGAGGAUAUAUUUCACCUUAUAUUAUGACUGUAAAUCAAAUAGGUAAACAGGAGAUGCGUAGUGUGCAUCAUUCUGUAUCUAGCUCUACUUUAAACUCAUCCAGUAACAAAUCACGUUUUGUAAAAAUGGCGCUCAAAUUAUCUGGGGGUAUUCGAAUGGGGUUAGGAUGCCAUUUAGAACGUAUGUGUGAUUGUGAAAUAUGUGAUGAGAACAAUGAUGUGAUGCCAGAAGCGCGAGAAGUACAUAAAGAGCGACUGUUACAUUUUUUACCACAUUAUAAAGUUAAAUAUAAAACGCCUCAGAACGUACAUCAAAAGGAUUAUGAUGCAUAUAAGGGCUUUCGAUCCGAUUUUAUUCAUUUCUCUUUGAGCAUUAUCAAAUUAUCCUCAUAUGAUGCUGAUCAAGGGCCCGUAACAGGUAACUCCAUGCAUUUAUCACCUGGAUUUAUCGACCAUUUUGUGAACUGGUUUCGAUUAUUUGGUGGUGCCAUGAGUUAUCCGCUACGUGAUGGAUCACUUUUCCCUAAAACUGACACUCGUCCUACUCAAAAAUUUGGUCGACAUAUGAGUACAAUGAAAUAUAAAGUCGUUGUAAGUCCCCUGAUUGUAGGUUAUUUUAUCAAAGAUGAGAAUGUAGUAAGCGAAGAGACGAUAGCAGAAGAAUUAGGUGAUUCUGUAGGUCUAAAAGGGUUUGUAAAGAAUUUUAGUAUGGAUAUUCAUCAGAGACGAGUCAUUGUUAAUGUUUCAGAUUAUAAGUUGGAUCAGAAACGUCUAAAAGCUAACUGGCCAUUCACUGAAGCAGAAGUUCAAUUAAAAAGUGUAGAUUUGCGUGCAGUAAAAGCAAGUUACACUGGUAAUGUUGAAAUAGAAAAUGUUAAUAACCCUACUCCAAUGGAAGAUGAUUAUCUAUUACAUGAAAAUAGUGGAUUGAAAAUGAUGGAAGGUUUAAAUUGUCAGCUCAAGAAUGAUUUAGAUUCAGCAGACUGGAUAGAUCUGGAUGAUUUUGUAGAAAUCGGUGUAACUACACCAGAUAUUUUGCCGACCAUCCAAAUCCUCCCUUUUGCAUUUGUACCAUGUAUCUAUUAUCUUCGUCAAAUUAAUCGAGAUGAUUUAUACAGAAACAGAUAUUUAGAUAAAACGCAUAAUUGUAUUCUUGGAACUGCUAUUGGUACGCGAGAGAUGCAAAUGAGUUUGCUUCAAGAUAGAUGCAACAGCAUAGAUAUACAAAUUAGAAAACAUCAAACCCGUCUUCAUAAUAUUGAAACAAAGCAACUUCAAGCUAGUGAAGAAAAAGAGAAAUUACAUCUAAAAGAAAUGUCUGAUACUACUGUGGAAAAAACUAGAAUCUUAUAUGAAAAAAGACAUAUGAUUCAAGAAUAUUUAAAGGAACUUACUGUACAAAAUAAGACUUUUGUUAAGAAGACAGAUAUGUAUUCAACAUCUACAAUUUUUGGUAAAGAUUCAUUGACAGAAUGGGAAGAAUUAAUGGGGCAUUUUAAAGUACGCUAUAUUGCCCAUAAUCCACAAAUAUUAUGGAAUAAUUCAAUACGAAAUAUUGUCUAUCAUGGUUUGGAUCUUCGAGAUCAUCGCCGUGCACUUGCUUACUAUAUGACAUCACGUACAGCUAAAUUUUUGAGAGAUUUAAUUGAUACAAUUGAUUUCCAAUAUAAACAAUUUGUUUUAGAUGAUAACGAAGGCGAUAUGAAUGCUUCGAUAGUAGAGGAAUUAAUCAAUAAACUGCUAGCAGAGCAAAGUUCUACAUUUUAUGUCUCUAAUGAAACUGAGCAGCAACAGUCAACCACUCAAAAAGAUGAGGUAGAUAUUUCACUUAGUGAAAAUGUCAAUAAUCCACUGAUGCAGCUAAAGACGAUUCCAAAUGAUUACGUGAUGAAGAGUAGUUAUUUGAUAGACUUACUCAACCCACAAAUCAGCUUACAGAGUGAUUGUGAUGUAAACAAUAUUGUGCUUGUGGCCAAUGAAAGAACACAAGUCAAGGGUUUUAAUAUCAUUGAUGAAUCUGAUCCAGAUGUUGAAAUGGAAAUCGUGAAGCACAGAACAAUUGUGAGUCUUGAUAACCUUCAAUUCUUUGUUGCUAAAAAGGAACAGUUUGAUAGCGUAGAUUUAUUGCUAGAUAAUCAUUAUGGGGCUAAAGAAAGUGAUAAUUGGCUUGCUUGGAUUCCUCCAGAGAUGCUAAUUAACUAUGUCAAAAGCUCAGAUAAAUUUCAGCGUAUUGGCGAUCAAAUUGCAGCUACAUUACAGUAUGAUAAGUAUAACCCAUUAAGAAUUAAAGCAAACUCUAAUGUAUGUUCACAAGCUCACCCAUUUGAAGACCGAUGUGAUUCUGUACAGCUUAAUUUUCCUAAACUUAAACUCAUUGCUGAUUCAGCACAGUAUAAUGCUAUCUAUCAAGUUGCUACAGAUCUCUUGUUAUAUAAGGAGCCUGCUAAAAAGGAGCGUCUUGCUCGUCUUCGCGAAAUCAUGAUGGCUGCUGAUCGCUCAAGCAUGUUUGAAGCUACGGAAAAAAUUAUUGGUUUGCAACAAAAGGCACGACAUUUAAUAUAUGCCCGUGAUCAGUACUGUCAAAAUAGAUCUCUUUUGGAUAGUCAACAACUAGAGGAAUUCAAGACAAUUCGUCUAGAAUUGUAUGAUACCCUAGAAGAGCUUUAUUUAGGUAUGGAAGCUAUUAAAUUGAUGCAGAGCAAUCAGAAAAAAGAUUACCACGAACCUAAAACCAAUCUCAAAUUUGUUUUUUGUGCUCGACAAAUUGAAUGGGAAAUGCUUACUAACAAUGAAAGGCCACUUUGUGAAUGUAUGCUGAAUAAUUUUACAUAUGAUUUUGUUAGUAAAGAGGAUCAUUCAUCAAUCAAUACAUUAGAGGUGGAUAUAAUCCAAGUUAAAAAUUUAUCUCGGUCACCCGUCUUUGUGGAUGUCCUUGGACCUUAUGUUGAUUCACACAAGCCAUACGAUUUCUCUAGACAUAAAAUGUUGCGUUGCUAUUUUGUAUCAUUAGCACCAGUUGGAGGUAUCCCUGUGACACAACAUUUAGAAAUCAAUUUACAUCCGUUAAGAUUACAGAUGACAUAUAGUUUUGGUAAAGAAUUAGCAUAUUAUCUUUUUCCUCCUGAAAAAACACAAAAGCAACAUGAAGUUACAGCUUCUACAGUUUUAGAAUUUGAUCUUGCAAUAGAUCAACCAUCUUCUUUAGUUUCACUUCAGUCAGGUUAUGGUGAAAAAUUAGACAACAAUGCAGUGAAAUCAAUGGCCGAAGCUCAGAAUUCUUCCACUUCACUUUCUAUACAAAGUAGUAAUAAUCUAUCAAAUGAUUUACAACAGCUUAAUAAUACAACAAGUUGUAGUACAGUUAACAAUUCUUUCAAAAGAGAAGAAACAUCUGAUGAAGUUACUUCUAAUUCACGAGGUUUAAAGAAAAACAAAAAGCAAACUACAGCAUAUAAAAUAGUAGCAAAAAAUAGAAUAAUUGAUGAUUUAUCUGUUAUGAAGAAGAGAGCUUCAAGUAAUCGUACAUUUAUUCUAGUUAAGAUACCAGGAGCCAGACAUUGUCUAAGUUAUCAAGGUCCAAAAGAAAAAAACCUUGAAGACUUGCGAGAUUUUGCCUUUGAACAACCAACGUUAGAAUUUAGAAAUGAGACAUGGUCAUGGUUCGAAUUAGUAUCAAAUAUUAAGAGAGACUUUAUGAGAGCUGCGUUAUUACAUAAUAGUCCAGCUUUGCUUAAAGAAAAACUCCUUCGACGACAUCCACGAGAAAAUACAAAACCAAUUGAAUCAAGUAUUUCUAUCUAUAGCACGCCCACAUAUGUAACAGACGUGAGACACCAACCCAUAUCAUAUGACACUAAUUCAGAAAGUUCCAGAAAUGAUGAACUAGAAGAUAUAUUAGAUACAGUAUCAUUGUAUUCGGCUCGAUCUGAAGAUGUAAGCUCAGAAAGUGGAUCUAAAAAAAGUAGUCAUCUUUGGUCAAAACUUCGAAAGACUAAAAAGAUAAAUCAAAAUAAUGAUGAAUCACCCACCACCGAGGAUAAUUCAUUACCUUAUAUAAACUCACAUGCCUUAUCUAGGGCUACUCAACAUUUACAUGAUGAAGCUCAGUUAACAAUUAAAGGAAAGUAUUUGCUCGGUAAAUAUUAUAACGGUCCUACACAAUGGCUUCAUAAAAGUACAAAUUUCAAAACAAGACAGCAAGCAACAAAAAAAAAUUUGAAUGUGGGAAAAAUAUAA